AUGGACAGCGAAAGUUCCGAAUCUGAAAGUGUCGAUCCUUUGCAGUUUGAGGUAGAUGAGAAAUAUUUCGAGAAUGUGGAAUUGGAAUCUUAUGAUGUUUAUCCGACGGGAUGGACCAUUUUUAAGGAGAUUUUUGAGGAUACUAGAAACCGCCUCCUCUACUUCUACGUAUCAUCAAACUCUCGAUACUACUAUCUCUGGUCCCUCCUAGUAUCCAUUGGGGUUCUUUAUAAUGCAUUUGCAAUAGUAAUCUUCAUUUUCGCCGACAUAAAAUCCCAAUAUUUUUGGAAUUGGAUAUUUUGGAACAUCUUUUUUGAUAUCAUUUUCUCUAUGGACAUUUUUAUACAGUCUAGAUUGAGUAAAGGAUUUUUUGAAAUUCAAGUAUUGAAAAAAUUUUCAGCAUAUCUUCAUGAGGGGGAAGAGGUCAAGAACACUUUAAAGUUACGAAAAAAUUACUUUAUGCAGAAAUUGAAAGUGGCUAAUGACAUACUUUGUUUGUUCCCACUGGAUUUUAUUCUAUUCUACGAUGACUCGAUAUCCCUUCUGAGGACUGUAAGGAUAAUUAAAGUAAUUCGUCUUAUCGAUUUCGUCCAACGCACUCAACAACGAACCACAUUUCCCAGAUUGUUUAAAAUUGUGAUUUUGGCUGGUUCCUGCAUAGUUUUGUUCCAUUGGAAUGCUUGCGUCUAUUUCUUGUUCUCGAUUUACGAAGGGAUAACAGAAGAGUCACAGACCGAGUUUGGAUUUUCUUACUAUAAAGUUUUCGAGCCAGUUUUCCCGAAUUGUGAGGCCUACGUAGAUGACAACUGUUGGUACAACGAAGACAUCGACCACACUCUGGACCUUGACGAUGUUCGAGACUCGUACAAAAUGGACCUGGUCAAUUAUUGGAAGAAUAAACACUAUCGCUGGGAAACCGGUAAUUUUUCUCGUGAAUAUAGUAUGUCUGUGUAUUGGUCCGCACUCACUAUUACAACAUGUGGACAGCAGCCAUGGCCAUCGACCAGUUCUCAAAAUUCGCUGGAAAUUUGCGAUACGUUGAUUGGGGUGUUGGUUUUUGCUACUAUUAUUGGAAGCGUCGGAAGUGUGGUGGUUCAAAUGAGUCAAAGCGUCAACGAGUUUCGUCAAAUGAUGGAUGGGAUUAAGUUUUACAUGAAGUAUAGAGAAGUAAACUCGGCUAUCCAGGAAAGAGCGUUGAGCUGUUUCAUGUAUCUAAUGGCUCAUAAUCAAUUGGAUGAUGAACAUUGCAUCCUAUCUCUUCUGCCUCCACGCCUUCAAGCCAACAUUGCCGCCAACCUCCACAUGGAAACUCUCCAAAAAGUGCAAAUUUUCCAACUAUGCGAAUCUCGAUUCAUGCAUGAAGUGGUCCUUCUUGUCAAACAACAAGUCUUCUCUCCCAACGACUACCUGUGCCGUAAAAACGAAAAGGCCAAGGAGAUGUUUAUCGUCAAAAAGGGCAAACUUCGGGUAAUUGAUGAUGAUACUGGGAAAGAACUGGACGAGUUGAAUGAAGGGGCAACGUUUGGAGAGUUGUCUAUUGUACAUGUCAAGGGGAAUCUACUUGGGACACGAAGGUGUGUGUCGCUUCAAUCCAUUGGGUAUUCGGACAUCUAUGUACUUUAUCGAGAUGAUGUGACGAGACUUUUACAAGAAUUCCCGCAGGAAUAUAAGACCAUUGUCAUGAAUGCUCGAGAAAUGCUCCACUCCAGAGGAUUGCUGGAAACCACAGAACUUGGAGAAAUGUGUGAUCCAGAUGAUUAUGAGGAGGCAGAGGAUAUAGUGCUUGAAGACAUGCCAGUGGUGGAGCAAUUAACUCGACUCAAUGGAAUAAUAGAGGAUUUGGACGCGAGUCUGAAUGAGAUGAUCAUUUCCUUUUCGAACUCCUGCAUCUACUAUAAACAAAAAGUGACUUGUCUGGAGAACACUUUCAAUCAACAUCGAAACGAAAUUCGUCGAGAUUUCAAGGAGACAAAUGUUGUUAUCUAG